CCAGAGUACACUGCGGAAGCCGCCGGCCUAAGCCGGCUUCUUGCCGUCUCCCGCCGGGCUGGGGAGAGGGUAGGACUAUGGACGGGCUCCGGGCUAGCGCUGGGCUGCUGAGGCGCGGGCGGUUGAGGCGCCGGCGCCAGCCACAGCCACACAGUGGGUCGGUCCUGGCCCUGCCCUUGAGGCCCAGGAAGAUCCGAAGGCAGCUGAGGAGAAGUGUCGCGUCCCGGGUGGCCGCGCUGAGGGCCCAGGCGCUGCCGAGCGAGGACUCGGAGGACUCGAGGGUGGAGUCGAUGGUCGACGAUCCCAGGGACCCGCUGGCUGGCGGGGCGGCGGCCCUCUCGGAUGUGACCCGGCGGGAGCCGUACGGCCACCUCGGGCCCGCGGAGCUGUUAGAGGCCUCGCCCGCGUCCCGCUCCCUGCAGACUCCCCGCGCCCUGGUGGAGGCGCAGACCCCGCCGGCGCGCCUGGUGGAGGCAUCCGCCCUGCCGGCACGCCUGGUGCAGGCCUCGGGCCCCCCGCCGCGCUUGGUGGAGGCCUCGGCCGUGCUGUGCUCUGCCCAGCACUUGGCGGCCGCCCCGCCGUCCGUGGCUCCAGCGACGCUGUCGGGGCCGCCGGGGGAAAGCGCGGGCGGGGAGCUGCCCUGGGACUCCCCGCUGCAGCGCGUCUUGGCUGAGCUGAACCGCGUCCCCAGCAGCCGGCGGCGGGCGGCGCGCCUCUUCGAGUGGCUCAUCGCGCCUAUGCCGCCCGACCAUUUCUACCGGCGCCUAUGGGAGCGCGAGGCUGUGCUGGUGCGGCGGCAGGACCACACCUACUACCAGGGUCUUUUCUCUACCGCCGACCUGGACUCAAUGCUGCGCAACGAGGAGGUGCAGUUCGGGCAGCACCUGGACGCCGCGCGCUACAUCAGUGGGCGGCGCGAAACCCUGAACCCACCCGGCCGCGCCCUGCCCGCCGCCGCGUGGUCCCUGUACAGGGCCGGAUGCUCCCUGCGCCUCCUCUGUCCGCAGGCUUUCUCCACCACCGUGUGGCAGUUUUUGGCUGUGCUCCAGGAGCAGUUUGGAAGCAUGGCAGGCUCCAACGUUUACCUCACGCCCCCUAACUCGCAGGGCUUUGCCCCCCACUACGACGAUAUCGAGGCUUUUGUGCUGCAGCUGGAAGGUAGGAAACUCUGGCGGGUCUACCGACCGCGGGUUCCGACCGAGGAACUAGCCCUGACAUCCAGCCCCAACUUCAGUCAGGAAGACCUAGGAGAGCCGGUGCUACAGACGGUGCUGGAACCUGGAGAUUUGCUCUAUUUUCCCCGAGGCUUCAUUCACCAAGCCGAAUGCCAGGAUGGAGUGCACUCUCUGCACCUGACGUUGUCCACAUACCAGCGCAAUACCUGGGGCGACUUCCUGGAGGCUGUACUGCCUCUGGCAGUGCAGGCUGCAAUGGAGGAAAAUGUGGAGUUUCGUAGGGGACUGCCCCGAGACUUUAUGGAUUACAUGGGGGCCCAGCAUUCGGAGUCUAAGGAUCCGCGAAGAACUGCUUUCAUGGAGAAAGUGCGGGUCUUGGUUGCCCGCUUGGGACACUUUGCCCCUGUCGAUGCUGUGGCUGACCAGAGAGCCAAAGACUUCAUCCACGAUUCUCUGCCCCCUGUGCUGACUGAUAGGGAGAGGGCACUAAGCGUUUAUGGGCUCCCAAUUCGCUGGGAGACUGGGGAACCUGUAAACGUGGGGGCCCAGUUGACAACAGAAACAGAAGUGCACAUGCUUCAGGAUGGUAUAGCUCGGCUGGUGGGUGAGGGAGGCCAUUUGUUUCUCUAUUAUACAGUGGAAAACUCCCGAGUUUAUCAUCUGGAAGAGCCCAAGUGCUUGGAGAUAUACCCCCAGCAAGCUGAUGCCAUGGAACUCCUGCUCCGCUCCUACCCAGAGUUUGUGAGGGUAGCGGACUUGCCCUGCGACAGUGUGGAGGACCAGCUUUCCUUGGCGACCAUGUUAUAUGACAAGGGGCUGCUGCUCACCAAGAUGCCUCUAACCUGAACUAGUUACUCCUUGAUUGCCAGAAACAAGACAGUAGUGAUUCUCUCCUACCACCACCACUUUUUUGGGGGGAAAAAUUCGUUCUUACCUUAAUAACCAUCAGUGUGCUUACAUUUACCUUUAUGACUGCUUCAAUGUCACAGAACUCAGACGGUCUUCUAGGAAACACCACCUCAUCUAGGCACAAAAGUAAAAUCAGAAGUUGGAGGUGGAAGAAGGAGCUUUUUCUGAAGUAACCUUGAUUCCUGAUCGUUUGAGAGUACCAACUUCAUCAUCACCCUCAGGCUUCCGUGUACUGUGUGGCAUUUGCUGUGUUACUCUGCUUGAGACAUUAGAAGUUUUUAUUUGGAAUUUGCAUCCUUCAUUUGAGUUCUCUUUCAUCAGUUUGGGGGGAGGGUUGGGGUCAGUAUCCUGUUUGCUACUCUGAGUUUGUGUGAAUGUUAGAAAAGUUAUUAAAGUGCCAGAGAAUGUUUUCCUUUUUCUAGGGCUAGAUUAUUAUGUGGCAUGGUUUGAAGAAAUGUGGGAGGAGGGAGGUCGACAGAGAAAAUCAACAGCUGAGGUGAAAGGUAACUUGGGGCAGUUGUAGGAUUGGGGCCAAUUCUGCAACUUUGGGGGUAAUUUAUUCAUUUUAAUCAUGUUACUUGAACCCCAAACAGCACAAUCCUAUUAGAAAAGUUAUGAGUAUAUUAUGUUUUUAAAAGUGUAUUAUGGUUUUGCUCAGCGUUUGCUUGCAUCAGUGGCUGGCACUGCUCCCAGAGAGACAGAAUAUCACCUAGUUGUGCUGUCAUAGGCCUCAGUCAGCCAACUUGUAGCAAGCUGGCCAGGAGGGAAGGCUGGUGUUCAAGUUACUUUCCACUCUCAUUUUUUUCUGGCAGUUGGAAGAAACUUCCCCAAAUCUGGCAAGUGAAUAUUCUCAUGGUUGGUGGAAAAGAGCCUGGUGUACCAGAGAGAGCACUGGACUUGGAACCAGAAGACCUGGGUUUGGGGUGGUGGCUGGUGGGCAGUUGGCUGAAUGACCUGAGGCUGCUGCUACGCCUGGGCACACUGAUUUUCUGUUUUAAGAGCUCCAGGUCACUGGAGGAAGUGAGCUCAUCCCGGAUGUGGCUCCAGUCGUAUUGCUGGUGCAAGAAGCUCUGCCACUUACUGGG